UAGGUGUCCCCGUGCCAGUGCGCGGACCUCCUGAGCAGCGAGAAGCAGCGGGCGCCAUUUCAGGGAGCAGCUAGUGGCGGAGGUCUCGUUCGUGCCCGGGCUCGCAGCAGCCUCCGACGUCUGAGUUCCUCCCGGCCGCGGCCAAGCCCCGGAGCCGACGGAAUCAGACCGCCCCUCCGACCCGCCUCGGCAGGGACUCGCGCGCCCCGGCCUGUGUCCUCCUGCGCGCAGUGGACGCCGGAGCCGGGAGCCGCCGCCGGCCGGGCACCUGAGCAGGAGGAGCCGCCGCCCGAGCGCAGGUGUCCUGAAAAAUGGCUGAUGAUAUUGAUAUUGAAGCAAUGCUUGAAGCUCCUUACAAGAAGGAUGAGAACAAGUUGAGCAGUGCCAAUGGCCAUGAAGAACGCAGCAAAAAGCGAAAAAAGAGCAAGAGUCGGAGUCGGAGUCAUGACAGGAAGAGGAGCAGAAGUAAGGAACGCAAACGGAGUCGUGAUCAUGACAGGAAAAAAAGCAGAAGUCGGGAAAGGAAGCGCAGCCGAAGCAAAGAACGCAGACGUAGCCGUUCUAGAAGCAGAGAUCGCAGAUUUAGAGGCCGCUAUAGGAGCCCAUAUUCUGGUCCAAAAUUCAACAGUGCCAUCAGAGGGAAGAUUGGUCUGCCUCACAGCAUCAAAUUAAGCAGACGGCGCUCCAGAAGCAAAAGUCCAUUCAGAAAAGACAAGAGCCCUGUCAGAGAGCCAAUUGAUAAUCUAACCCCUGAAGAGAGAGAUGCUCGAACAGUAUUCUGUAUGCAACUAGCUGCAAGAAUUCGGCCAAGAGACUUGGAAGAAUUUUUCUCUACUGUAGGGAAGGUUCGUGAUGUGCGAAUGAUUUCUGAUAGAAAUUCCAGACGUUCUAAGGGAAUUGCUUACGUAGAAUUUGUUGAUGUUAGUUCAGUGCCCCUGGCAAUAGGACUAACUGGACAGAGAGUUCUGGGGGUACCAAUCAUAGUACAAGCAUCACAGGCCGAGAAAAACAGAGCAGCAGCAAUGGCCAAUAACCUACAAAAGGGCAGUGCUGGUCCUAUGCGACUCUAUGUAGGCUCAUUACACUUCAACAUAACAGAAGAUAUGCUUCGUGGAAUCUUUGAACCAUUUGGCCGAAUUGAAAGCAUUCAGCUGAUGAUGGAUAGUGAAACUGGACGCUCCAAAGGAUAUGGAUUUAUAACGUUCUCAGACUCGGAAUGUGCUAAAAAGGCCUUGGAACAACUGAAUGGAUUUGAGCUAGCUGGCAGGCCAAUGAAAGUUGGACAUGUAACUGAACGCACAGAUGCGUCCAGUGCCAGUUCAUUUUUGGAUAGUGAUGAGUUGGAAAGAACUGGAAUUGACUUGGGAACAACUGGUCGCCUACAGUUGAUGGCAAGACUUGCAGAAGGUACUGGUUUGCAAAUUCCUCCAGCUGCGCAACAAGCUCUGCAGAUGAGUGGCUCUUUAGCAUUUGGUGCUGUGGCAGAUUUACAAACACGACUUUCCCAGCAGAGUGAAGUUCUGGCUGCAGCUGCUUCUGUACAACCACUUGCAACACAGUGCUUCCAGCUCUCCAAUAUGUUUAACCCUCAAACUGAAGAGGAGGAUGGCUGGGAUACAGAAAUUAAGGAUGAUGUGAUUGAAGAAUGUAAUAAACAUGGAGGAGUUAUUCACAUCUAUGUAGACAAAAAUUCAGCACAGGGCAACGUAUAUGUGAAAUGCCCCUCAAUUGCUGCAGCGAUUGCAGCUGUCAAUGCAUUACAUGGAAGGUGGUUUGCAGGUAAAAUGAUUACAGCAGCAUAUGUACCUCUUCCAACAUACCACAGCCUUUUUCCUGAUUCCAUGACUGCGACCCAGUUACUGGUUCCUGUUCGACGAUGAAGAUGGAUUUAGUCAGUUUUGUACAUAGUGCUUUUUUCUUUUCUUUUCUUUUUUUCUUUUUGGAGAAAAAUACAGUUAUCUUUUAUUUAGAUAAAACUAAAGGAAAGGGUUUAGUGUCGUUUUGUCUACGCUUCCCGUUACCUUUAAAAAAAAUAAUAAAACGAAGUAAGCAGGAAUGCCGUGUGUUCAUUUUCCCUAACUAGCAUUUCCACUGUAUACAAAGCUGUUGACUUCAUGUUCUGCCUUGUAACUGUAAAUUUUCUGAGUUGAUCUGUAGGAAAUGAAAAGUAGCUCAUAGAAACACAUUUUUCUGGAAAAGGCAGAUAGGAAAUAAUGACAUUUUUUCAAGUUUCACAAGCCUUUAUUUUAAUGCAACAGUUACAUUUUACAUUUCAGUAAACGUAGGUGUUCUGCUAAAGGUUAAUAUCAGAGAUAGAAUUUAUGAAGGGACAUGUUUAGUGUUUUGUAUAAAUUGAAAACUCAGAAGGCUACUGAAAGCUGAUUUUGUUCAGCCACUCAGCUUGCUUUUAUGCUGAAUAAUUGAUAAGAGUAGGAUUCAAGGGGUUUGUUUUUUGAUGGUAACUUUUGAUUAAUGUAUCUGUAAGUUUCUUUGUAAAUACUGUGUGCAGUGUGUCUAAGGUUCCAAACAAAGCUAUUUCUGAAUUUCCAGAUAAGUUUAAUUCCAUGCAAAUAGUAUGCACAUGUUCAGAGAAGUAGGAAAUACAGAAAUAUGUUUUGUCUGGUUGCAUAUAAUCUUUGCUCUUUUUAAGCUCUGUGAGCUCUGAAAUAUAUUUUGGGUUACUUCCGUGUGUUUGACAAGACAGCUUAAUAUUUCUAUCAAAACAAAUGACUUUCAUAUUGCAACAAUCUUUGUAAGAACUGCUCAAAAAUAAAAUUCCCUUAAAAAGGC